UUUCGACCAAAAUACAAAAGUCACCAAUCCAGUCUUUUAUUUUUUUGUUACUUUUUACGCUAAUUAGAUUCGCAAUUUCCCCAUAAUAAUAAAAUUCACGUAGGUCAAAAGUGUGAGCGAAAAGAUGGAAGAGAAAUCCAGCAGCAGUUCCUUCGAAGACUUGACAAACUUCAACGAGCAAGAAAUCAAGGAAGCCACAGAAGCAGCUGCUGCACAAGAAGCUGCUCAAGCAACGACAGCUGGCGAUGUUCCCGUCGAUACGCCCGAUUUUCUCGACGUUUUGGGCAACGGGCAAUUGACGAAACGCAUUCUCGUGAAAGGCGAAGCCGGAAAUCGACCGCAACGCGAAGACAUUUGCAAAAUAAAUUUGGUUGGGAAGUUGGAAAAUGGCACUGUUGUCGAAGAAUUGAAGAACGAGAGUGUUCAAGUAGGAAAUUACGAAGUUGUACAAGGCAUUGACAUGGCAUUACCUCUCAUGGAUGUCGGCGAAAAGGCAGAAAUUGUGUGUAAUGCACGUUUCGCAUACGGCGAAAUUGGUUUUGUGAACGAAGAUGACGCCGCGAAAAAUAUUCCUCCAAAUGCAACUGUCACAUAUACCGUCGAACUACUUUCGACAAAAGAAGAGGACGAAGAAGAACAAGGAUUUGAGGUUCGUAAACGUGUCGGCAACAAAAAACGUGAACGCGGAAACUUUUGGUUCGAACGAAACGAGUACAAUAUGGCAAUUCAAUGUUACCGCAAAGCUCUGCAAUAUUUGGAUGAAGCAUCUGUUGGAGUGCCUGACGAUCCGCGUGUCAAAACUGUCGAUUUGACGAAUGAACAACUACAGGAACUGCUCGAAGACAGAAUUCGCGUGAAUAAUAACUUGGCGAUGGCACAAAUGAAAGUCGAAGCAUGGGAUGCGGCUCUCAAAAGUGUCGAAAGUGUUCUCUCGUGCAAACCAGAUAACGUAAAAGCCUUAUUCCGCAAGGGAAAGAUCCUCGAUGCGAAAGGACAAGUCAACGCUGCAAUUCCUUUGUUGCAAAAAGCAGCAACACUCGACCCGGAAAAUCGUGCAAUACAAAAUGAGUUAUCGAAAAUGAUCCUGAAACAAAAACGCGAAGCUCGUAACGAAAAGGAUUUGUAUCAAAAAAUGCUCGGACAAGCCCAAAAGUUGGAACAAAAAUCUAAACAACAAAAGACGACAACCACAGAAGAGUCUAAAUUCAAACUGUGGGGAUAUUUAAUGGGAACAAUUCUAAUUGGUGUGGCUGGCAUUGCGAUGUAUCGUUACAAUUACGUCUAAAGACACUUUUAGUUCAUUCUUGUGUACGGGGGUGCUUAAGGCAAAUGCAUUUCGUGCA